UAUUUCUUGGAUUUUCCAGUGUUUAAUUUUCUGAUGUAACAUAUUGAUAUAUUAUACAAGAUUAAAAACCCGUUUUACUUCGACUUUAACACAAGACACAAUUGGUACGACGAUAGUACCUUAGAUAUAGAUCUUUUAAUUAAACUAAAAUAAAAUUUGAAUGUUUAUUAUAUUUUAUGCAUUUACUUAAUAAAGUGUAAGAUAUCUUUACAGUUACUACACAUAGAUAUUAAGUGCGUAAGGAUUAGUUUUAAAUCAAAUUUAAACAAACAAGAUAAGUGCGUAGGUUAAUGAAAAUGAAUUUUUUCUGUCUCGUCAGUGCUGACCUCCUAACCUGUUAAUAGUGAAGCUCAUCAGCGACAAUGAUUGAUUAUAUAAAAAAAUUAAAAUUAAAUGAUAGCAAUAAAGUUUUAAUUAAAGAUCCAGAUGAGAUUAACAGGAAAAUAGAAAAACUUAUCGAAGGAGGCUAUACCAAGUUGCAAGUGAUUUCUGAUUACGAUAAAACUAUUACCAAACAGCAUGUCAAUGGAAAAACACAGUUUCACGCGUUCGAUUUAUUUAAGCAAUGUCCCUCCAUAUCCCAAGAAAUAAGAGAUUUUCUUACUGCAUUAACGAAUAAAUAUGCAGUAAUAGACAAAGAUCCGAAUCUUUCUCAUGCAGAAAGAAGUAAACACAUGGACGAAUGGUGGAAUAAAACCAUAGAAGCUUAUAAGGGAUUGAAAAUUUCCCAGGAGGAAAUUGAGAAAACCUGUUUAGAGUUUGGACCACCAUUGAGGGAUAACGUGAAAGAACUUUUUGAAGUGCUGAAACAAGGUAAUGUCCCGGUACUACUUUUAUCAGGCGGAAUUGGUGAUUGUUUGGAGCCUUCUUUACGGAUUUCGGGAAUUAAUGGUUCAAAUAUAGAGUUAGUUGCAAAUUAUAUUAAAAGAGACAACGAGGGCAGAAUACAGGAUUAUAAAGCACCCCCUAUUCAUACAGUCAAUAAAAAUGAAUACAUCAAAAAUACGCAACAUUACAAAAAACAUACCAACAGACCUAACGUACUUCUUAUGGGAGACCAUUUAGGGGAUGCACAAAUGGUAAACAGCUUGGAACAUGUUGGGACUGUAAUAAAAAUUGGAUUUUCUUAUAAUGAAGCUGAAGUAGUGCUGCCAACCUGGUUAAAUACAUUUGAUAUCGUUCUUAAAGAUGAUCAGUCGAUGAAUGUCCCAAAAGCUAUAGUUGAAUUACUCAAGAAAGAAUGAUUUACAAGAAUUUAGUUUUUUAAGACAAAACGGCUGUUGUAAUACGUAUAUAUUAAAAUUUAUAUAUCACCAAA